GGCCCUUUGUUGCCCCACGUAAUUCACCCUCGCUCUGCUCGACAUGCUCGGUGACGACGAGGACGUUUUCGACAGCGUCACAUGGGAAUCACCUUCAGCACCUCCGUACGAUGCUGCUCACAGCAACUCGGCUCCCUCGGGCCCUGGAUUUAGACAAAGCACGUCCGAGAGCGAGGAUGGGCGCGGUCCCCACGAUCCGAAAUGGGAGGGAUACCUCAUUACCACAGUCAAGGAUCCAGUAAAGGAGCUGGCCGAAACAAAGGAUGCAUAUGUUUCCUAUCUUGUCUCCGCCAAGACAAAUCUCCCUAUUUUCUCGACUCCCACACCUUCUGCCCGCAGGCGCUUUCAGGAUUUUGUCUUCCUUCGGAAUAACUUGUCUAGGGACUUCCCAGCAUGUGUCGUUCCUCCACUCCCGGACAAGCAUCGACUAGAGUAUUUAACGGGCGACAGAUUCAGUCCCGAGUUUAUGGAGCGCCGACGUCAAGAUCUUCAUCGUUUCUUGCAACGUCUGUCAUGUCACCCUACCCUUCAACGGAGCACGCUUGUUCGUGCUUUCUUUGAAUCGACUGAAUGGCAUGUCAUCAUGCAUCAACACAUAGCUCACCCACCAGUACCUGACCAAUCCACAGGCGUCAUCGAUAACAUAUCAGACACUCUCCUUAACGCAUUCUCUCGCGUUCGCAAACCUGACGAGCGCUUCCUUGAAAUGCGUGAGAAUGUCGACAAAUUCGAAGAGAGUUUGAAUACAUCCGAACGAUUGUGGACCCGCGUACGUGGACGGACAACUGAUCUCACCGCGGACUACCAUGACAUGGCGGUCGCAGUGCAAGGCCUGGGCUUUCUGGAAUCAGGGAUCACCGACCAGUUGAACCAUUUUUCGAAUACAUUGUUGGAGUUCUCAGCAUUAUUUCGCCAUACGACGCAGAAUACAAUCGAUCCUUUCUUAAUUCAUCUGCACUCUCUCCUGACAUAUUCCCACGCACACCGAGCAGUUCUCAAACUGCGCGACCAGAAACAGCUAGACCUGGAAGAACUCACAGAUUAUCUAUCGGGCGUAACAGCAGAGCGCGACAGACUGUCUGCCGUCAUCAGCGGGUACGCGGGAAGCUCAGGGCUAGGACUGGGAGCGUACUUGCGGGAUAGAGUCGACGCAAUUCGCGGUGCAGACGACGAUAGGAGCCGCGUAGAGAAAAUGCGGAAGUUAGAUGGAAAGAUCAAAGAGCUCGAGGAAGCCGUCACCACUGCGCAUGAAACUUCCGAUGCCUUCAGUGACGAAACUUUGCGCGAGCAGGCGGUUUUCCAACGCGCCAAGGAGUGCGAGAUGAAAGAAAUGUUAACAAACCUUGCUGAUGGUCAAAUUGAGCUCUACAAAAGCGCGAUGGAAGAGUGGGAGAGAAUUAUUCCAAUAAUUCAGCGCAUACGUGUGGACGUUUAGGACUUUGAACCGUUUGCAAUCUAUCGCAUGACUCGUC